AUGAGCCCUGGCGCUGGCUGCACUCUCAACGAGGCGAGGCGAGAAGAGAGAGAAAAGCAGAGAAACGGCUCGUUGCAAACGUCAAGCUCUCUCUCUCUCUCUCAAGUCUCAACUCUCUCACAUCACUGCGCGCAUCAGCUUCGUCUCCAUCCCCUCCUCUCUCCCUCUCCCUCCUCCAUUGCGGUGCGGCGAGCGGGGUGCGUGCGUCACCUUGGCCUCGAACAACCCUCUGGACUCCAGAUCCAUUCCAUCCACCGGUUUUUAUCUCGAAGGCCGGUUCCGUGGGGAGCUCGUCCGAUCCGUUUCUUGCGGAAAGGAGCCGGCUUUUCGCCGCUCGCGUCGCGGCCUAGGCGCCUCGUGUUCGCCACGAUCUUUCUUCAUCUAUCGUCUCCAUCUCAUCAUCUAGUUGUUUGUGUUCUUGGGUUCGUUGACUGUGGAGUGGAAUAGAUCGAUCGAGAUGGCCGUGGAGAACGGGGCGGCGGCGGCGCUGUUCAGCGAGGAGGAGCUACGGGACGUGAGCGGGGUGCGGCUGGGCGAUGGCUUCGUGGAGGUGACGUGCGGAUGCACCAGCGCGCGCUACGGCGACGCCGUCGGCCGCCUCCGCGUCUUCGCCUCCGGCGAGCUCGAGGUCAGCUGCGAGUGCACGCCCGGAUGCACCGAAGAUAAGCUGAGCCCCGCGGCGUUCGAGAAGCACUCCGGGAGGGAGACGGCGGGGAAGUGGCAGAACACGGUGUGGGCGGUCGUGAAGGGGGACAAGGUGGCGCUGUCCAAGACCGGCCUGCUCAGGCACUACCACUCCAAGAACAAGAAGCUCAGGUCCAGGUCGGCCAACGGCUCCGGCGGCAACGGGCGCCACCGUGACGAGUUCGUCCGGUGCAGCGGCUGCGGCAAGGAGAGGCGGUUCCGUCUCCGGACCAAGGAGGAGUGCCGCCUCCACCACGACGCCGCCGCGCGCCAUGACUGGACCUGCAAAGAUAUGGACGCCGCCGCCGCCGGCAGGGUGAGGUGCGAGGACGAGGAGGAGAGGGCGAGCAGGAAGGCGUCGAGGGGGUGCGCGCGGGCGGCGGCGUGCAAGGGCUGCGUGCGGUGCGUCUGCUUCGGCUGCGAGACCUGCCGCUUCGCCGGCUGCGGGUGCCAGACCUGCGUCGAUUUCUACCGGAACCACGGCACCACCACCACCAACUCCUAAAAAAGAUUUAAUUUGAACUCCUCGUCGUUCAUCCGUCCUCCCGAUGCAUGCAUAUGCAUCGAUCUGGGAUUAAUUAUUAACUGGUUGGCUUUAGGUUGGUAGCGAAAGAUUAAGAACAGCACUUGAUUAAUUACCCGAUUUUUGCAUCACCAAAACGUAUUCGAUCAUGCAUGGCAACGUGGGUGGAACGUCGCAUGUCGAUCACAUGCGCCGCAGAGGAG